AUGGAGACCGGAAAGGCUAUUGAGAACUGUGUUCGAACUCUUGGGAAUCGUAUACUCUCCUGUUGGAGCGAAGAAGAGGCAAGCAGCGUGUCAGAAGAGGACAAAAAUAUGAUCAACAAUGAUACGAAGUUCUCUGUCUCUGUAGAUGUCUCGCAUUUCAAACCUGAGGAACUACGCGUUCACAUCAAUGGGCGAGAGCUCAUUAUUGAAGGAAAUCAAGAAAAACAAGAUGGCAUUGGUUAUGUGCAGAGAUCUUUUAUGAGCCGUUGGACAAUACCAGACGAUGCCGAUUUGGAUGCUGUCGAAACAAACCUCACUGAAUUUGGACGACUUGUUAUAGAAACACCCAAAACGGGUCUGCAUACCCUGAAAAGAGAAGUACCCAUCAGAUUCGCACCGAGGGAGUCAACAACAACAGAGCCAAGUGGCGUAGUGGUUAUCAAU